UUAAAGUAAAAUAAAAUUGAUUAUCAUGGCAGUAUAAUCAUUAAUGCACAUAAUAAUUUAUUUGUCAAUAAUCAACUAAAGUAUUUGCAAUUUACUUUAGGUUUAUUUUAAAUAGUAAAAUGAUUUUCAUAAUUUAGAAUAUUCUUUCUUAUGUCGUUUCAAUAGUGUUUAUAAAAAAUGUCGGUAUUCUUCGUGAAUGCUAAUCAAGAUAGUGAAGUUGAAGGUGAUUCAAAUGGAGACUUACAAAUUGCAUCGCCUGGCAGUUCUGAAGCUCAACAAACUUUGGCACAAUUUUGGCCAAAAGUUACAGAAGAAAUUAAAAAAAUUACUACUAUGGACUUAAAAACGCAAUCAUUGCCAUUAGCAAGGAUAAAAAAAAUUAUGAAACUUGAUGAUGAUGUUAAAAUGAUAAGUGCAGAAGCUCCAAUGUUAUUCUCUAAAGCAGCAGAAAUUUUUAUACAUGAAUUAACAUUAAGAGCAUGGGUUCAUACAGAAGAUAAUAAAAGACGUACUCUUCAAAGAAAUGAUAUAGCAAUGGCAAUAACUAAGUAUGAUCAAUUUGAUUUUCUAAUUGAUAUAGUCCCUAGAGAUGAAUUGAAACAGAGUAAAGCACAGACUGAAAGCACUGUACGUACUUCUAUGAAUUCAGAUCAGGUACAUUACUACUUUCAAUUAGCACAACAACAAGCUUCUGCCAAUCAAAAUGUCCAAAGUGGUAAUGCUACUACACAACCUAUACAAAUAGUGCAACCGUCAACUGGACAAAUACAAACAAUUAAUAUUGGUAGUCCAGUAGAACAGGAAAGCACUACUCCAAAUACAGCACAGACUGUAACAGUACAAAGUCCACAACAAUCAUCAGGCCAACAAAUUAUACAAUUACAACAGGCUCAACAAACACCUACAACACAAACUGGGGGAAUACAAAUUGUACAACAAAUUGUAACACCUAGUGGAGAAAUUCAACAAAUACCAAUACAAUUAACGCCUCAACAACUUCAAAUGAUUCGUAUGCAAGUACAAGGUGGAAGUAAUCAACCAAUUAUAAUUCAAACUGCUCCUAUACAAGCUCAACCCCAAUUGAUACAGGUUGCGCAAGGUGCUCAAGCACCGGUGUUUCUACAAACUAGCGGAACAGACAAUGACUCCACGAAUAUUUUCAUCGCAACGAAGAGUAACGGAAGGAUGAGUGCCCUAAGCAGGAAGACUAAGAGAUGAGGAAGAGGGUAAAGAA